UACGUCAUACUCCAGAAGAUCAAUAAGUUUGGUUUUACUUGAAAGAAGCCAUGGGAAAACUGAUUUGGAGGUGUAGGUUUUCGAUUUUUCUGUUUUUCUGGACCACGAUUGCUCUGCUUCCAAGAAAAUCAUUAGUAAUUGAUAGCAUAAAAGCAGAGGAGUCAAUGAAUGUUAGUACCCAGAUAUUAAUUUCAGAAGAAGAGAAGUUUGUGAUGGGAAUGUUCAAUCCUAAAGACUCCAAAUUUCAGUACUUGGGAAUAUGGUACAACAACAUCCCAGAGACUGUUGUGUGGGUAGCAAACAGAGCCAAACCACUUGUAAAUUCCUCAGCCAGAUUGAUAUUCAAUGGAUGAAACCUUGUUCUUAUGAAUGAAAGAGAUGAAAUUAUCCCUCCGAUACUCUGUUACCUGGCAUGAAACUUGGGUGGGACUUGAAAAGCGGCCUGAACAGGAAGUUAACGUAGUGAAAAAGCUCAAACAAUCCGUCAUAGGACUGCAUUUAUCCUAUGGCGUAGAAGCAAAGUUGAAGGCAUGGAAACCUUGGGAUGAAGGCAAUGCUUUGGAAUUAAUGGAUGAAACAUUGAAGGAUCAAUUCCAAAACUCUGAAGCCCAACGAUGCAUUCAAGUAGGACUUUUGUGCGUUCAAGAGAAUCCCAAUGAAAGGCCAGCUAUGUGGUCAGUACUUUCAAUGUUAGAGAGUGAAAAUAUGGUAUUAUCUCAACCUAAACAGCCUGAAUUUUACACAGAAAGAAUGAUUUUUAAGACCCAUAAAUUACCAGUGGAAACCUCUUGUACUUCUAAUAAAGUGACCCUUACACAGCUGGAUGGUCGAUAAGUAGAGUUUCUCUUUCACUGCGUUGCUUGACUGCCACACUGACUCCUCCGUUGUUCCUUUGAAAUCAGAUUUCAAAAAUUUAUUUUUCCAUUUACAUUUAACAUGAAAUGGGGCAAGCCAGAGAAUUUUUGGGACUAAAGAAAGUUAUCUUCAAGUUUCCCCUCUAAGAUCUAUAAAGGCUUGAUUUUUACUGUAUAUUGGAUAAAUGGUUGUAUCCGCGUAAAACUGUAGAUUUUAUCCGAUACUUUGGCAUGUUAUGAGGAGAAGAUUUUCAAGAUAUAAUAACAAAAGGACAAGAUACUAAUCAUUUGAAAAUUAGGUUAGGUUUUUUAGUAAACAAUUGUAUGGAUCGAGGAUCAAACCUUUAGGAUGAUGGAAGACUAUACUAAUUAUCUAAUUAUCGCCAAGUUCACUUUGACAACUAUUAUAGAGAAUAAAUGAUACAAACUGACCAACCCGAAAGACUAGCUACAAGGGAUAAUUUUAUCCUCCCACCACCAUGAUUGCUGAACUAAAAAAAAUAUGACAAGGACACUCGUGUGUUACAAAUGUCAUCAAUCGUUGGAAGGUGUGUUUUACGACCUUCUAGCUUUGUUGUGGUUAUGAUGGGACCCUCUCUUAUGAAGUAACCAAUAAGCUUGCUUUAUUGAUAUUAAUGAAAGAAUUACAAUAUCGAACUCUCUUCCAAGAAUGGACAUAGGAACUUUCUCUCAUGAAACUUCUCCUCCCUAAUCUCUUGUAUUCAUGUGUUAUUUAUACUUUUCUGCUAACUAACUUUCUAACUAUU